AUGGCCGUCAAGGGCGUGAAUGGCGUUGCACUAAUCACGGGGGCUGCUGGUGGCAUCGGGCGUGAGGCUGCUUUUGCUUUUGCUGAGGCCGGGGCAAAUGGCAUCAUCUUCGCUGAUAUGAACGACAAUGGUGCUCGAGAAGCAGCUGAACAGAGCAAAACUGUAGCCAUCCAGUCAGCCUACCGUUACCUCGUCGUCCAUCUCGAUGUCACAGAUCCAGCGAGCGUGCAGUCCAUGGUCGAUGCUGCCAUCAAGGAAUUUGGCAGGAUCGACUACAGUGUCAAUUGCGCUGGGGUAGGCACAGAUUCAAACGCACCGACUGCGGAUGCGUCCGUCGAGGAGUUUGAUAAGCUUGCAGAAAUCAACACGCGAGGGACAAUGCUGUGUGUACGCGCUGUCUCAAAAGCCAUGGCAGUGCAAGAGCCUCUCAUGUAUCGAGGCCGUCACGGGCAGCGAUCUCUUGGUCGAGGGUCCAUCAUCAACAUUACUUCCGUCAUGUCCUUCAUUGGGGCUCGUGGCAAACUUCCAUACGCAGCCUCGAAACAUGCAGUGAUGGGCAUCACGAAAACGGCUGCGCUUGACAAUACAGCUCACCACAUCAGGGUCAAUGCCAUCUGUCCUGCGUGGGUCGAUACGGCGAUGAUGGCCGCAGACUUCGACAAGCAGCCUGAGCUCAAAGGUAUCAUUCAAGCCGUCUCACCUGUCGGGAGAAUGGCUGUACCAGAAGAAGUUGGUGACGUGAUUGUCUUUCUGUCCAGUGCCUCGGCCAGCUACAUCAAUGGCCAGGGUCUCAUAGUUGAUGCUGGAUUAAGUCUUACAAUGAACCGAAUGUAA